UAUUUUGAGGAUAAACUUUAUAUUCGACGAUACAUGACACUUUUGGGCUAAGUGAAAAGUUCAAGAGCAAAGCCUAAGCUGACCAAGAAAAAUCAUGCACUUUAUAAUACCUAUGCUCCAUAUUUGACUUUGGUGAAUUAAAACCAAGUGGAUGGCAUUCAAAAUCCCAAAUUUAAAUAUCAACUUAAAUAUAACUGUUCAAAAGAUUUCCUUUCCACUUAUUUGAAUUUGAAUUUCCUUCCUCUGGUAACACAGCACACCAUCACUUAUGCUAAUGUUAACUCGUCUCGCCCACUUGUGCAUUCAUGUUAACUAACAUAGUAAGUUCAAUGUGCCCCGAUAAUUAUGGUCAACAUAGGUCAAUGAAAAGUUUAAUUGAAAAUGUCACUUCAAAACAAUGAAAAGGAAAAAAACAACACAGACACUCAUAGCCUGCAAGGAGAUAUGUAAUAUGGAAAUGCCGCUCUCAGUAUUCAACUUAUUGUCAUUUCCUAAACAAUGCAUUCAUCGGCAUUUUAUAUUUUCCUGUUGCGUUUAUGUAUUCUAUCGGAAAACUUUGGUCAUGUCCAGUGCUUGAUGCAAUCCAAUGAAAGCGACAACAACUUGGAUACCUUGAGGAAUCUUUUGGCUCGUCUAAUGGUGGUAUCAAAAGUGGAACGUUGUUUUAUGGUUAUGACAGACCAAUGGCAUGACCCAAUUUACAACAAAUACUUUUUUCAAUAUCCCCGUCAACCUAUACCGAAUUUCUAUAUUAAAAUCAGCGACUCUGAAGAUUUGAUGGCUCCAAAUUAUCAAACAGUUCGAGUAUUGAAACAAAUCAAAAGUCUGAAUUGUGACAUUCAUUUCAUCACUCUUCUCAAUGGCGUCCAAGUGAAACGUUUGUUGAUUUUCUUGGAGAAAUAUCGGAUUCUUAGUACCAAGCGCAAAUUUGUCUUCAUGUACGAUGAACGUUUGAUUUCGAAAGAUAUGCUGCAUAUAUGGUCCAAUAUGAUUUCAGCGGUAUUUAUAAAAUCCUUGGCAAAUGAGAGUUAUGAAAUUUCCACUAUUGCUUUUCCCAAUGUACUCGAUGGCAUUGUGGUUACGCAGAAGAUCACCAUUUGGUCCCAAAGCAAAAAAUUAAAAAAAGAGGAUUUAUUUCCCAACACAUCCGCAAAUCUAAGAGGAUACACCUUACCCGUUGCGGUAUUCCCUCACAUUCCCAUGGUAUUUGAAGUCAAGCGCAUGCGAGGAAAAUCUUAUACUGGACUUGAAAUUGACAUUGUUAAUGCUUUGGCAGCUGUAAUGAACUUCAAACCCUACUUCUAUGAGAGUCCUGACAGUGAAGAGCAGCGUUGGGGCACAAAACUGCGCAACGGUUUAUACAGUGGGCUAAUUGGGCAAAUCAGCUCCAAUAAAGCUGUCAUUGCCAUUGGUGAUCUUCAUAUGUUCACAGCCUAUAGUGCCGUUCUAGAUUUCAGUCGUCCGCACAGUUAUGAGUGUUUGACCUUUUUAACACCAGAAUCUUCGCAGGACAAUUCUUGGAAGACCUUUAUACAGCCAUUUAGUUGCGCCAUGUGGACUGGUGUUAUGUUAUCCCUUUUUCUGGUCGGCAUUGUCUUUUAUGUGCUUUCGUUUGUACACGCCCUCCUGGUGGGUACAAAAUCUCCCAAAUUAAAUGCCAAGUCAUUUUUCAUACUCUUUCGAAAACGCAAAUCAACGGGCCACGUCACAUUCUGGCUGGGAAACUUCAAAGAUGUUAAAUUUCGCCGCUAUCUUAAUCAGAUGGUGGUGGCUAGAAAAAAUGAAGAUCUCUUCGAUAAUUUCUCCAACUGUAUGCUGCUGACAUAUUCCAUGUUAAUGUACGUUGGUUUACCCAAAAUGCCUAGGAAUUGGCCGCUGCGUGUUCUCACCGGUUGGUAUUGGCUCUAUUGCAUUUUGAUAGUCUCCAGCUAUCGUGCCAGCUUUACUGCAAUUUUGGCUAAUCCAGCACCGAAAAUCACCAUAGACACAUUGGAGGAGUUGUUGCAGAGUCAUUUGACAUUGACCGUGGGAACGUUGGAGAAUAAAAGACUCUUCGACAAUGCCUUCGAUCAGAUUCUUAAGCAGUUGGGUACCAAGACCGAUAUUAUAACCGAUGUAACGGGAGUGACAGAGAAAAUUGCCAAAGGAUCCCAUGCCUACUACGACAAUCAAUAUUUUCUCCAACACUUACGUUUGGUAUCCGCAACUGCCACCGAUGAUGAUAACAUUGUACACAUAAUGCGUGACUGUGUGGUUCAAAUGCCUGUGGCUUUGGGUCUAACCAGGAAUUCGGCUCUGAAAUCUCACAUUGACAAAUAUCUGCAGCGGCUAAUGGAGGCAGGGCUUUUAAUGAAAUGGUUACAGGAUGCGGUUCAAUACUUUCCCAGCGAAGAACAAUUGCCCCCAGAAGCUAUAAUAGAUCUGCACAAGUUUUGGAGUUCUUUUGUACCGCUGUUAAUUGGAUAUUUGUGUGGCAUAAUAGCUCUGGGAUGUGAGCACUAUCAUUUUCGAAAAGUUGUCAUGCGUCAUCCGCUAUAUGAUCGAUACAACACAAGGUUAUAUUACAAUUUUAAACGUAAAUUUCCCGAUGAACGUGUAUGGCGCAAUUAGACAACCUAAAUUUGAAAGAAGAAUUUGGAUAUGAUAUUGAUGUAAGCUAGAAAAUUUUUGAAUAUAUGCAUGUAAUUCUGGGAAAGAAUAUUGUUGCAUACACUGAGAAGAAAGAAUGAUGAUCUAUGUUAAGUAAGGGUUGGUAUUCUGUUCUGCUUUCGAAAUAGUAGCUUAAAAUUAUUAAUUGUUUCACGAGUGAAAUUUGACAGUAAUCAUUUGGUUUUUAUUUAUAUACCAAAAGACGAUUUUUAUCAGAACUUAUGGUUUUAUAUUUUUUUCGCAACUAAAUAAAAAAAAGAACAACGAAGCACUGAAACCAAUAAAGCAAACAAAAAUAAUGCCGACAAUGGUUUCGAGCGUUGUCACUAAA